AGGAGAGACGAGAAGCGAGGAAAAGGAGAGGAGGCAGCAGCCCACUGUUCCCCUGGGCCCUUGCCUUAUUUCAGCUCCAGCGGCUUGAUAGCUGCCUCGUAAUCCAGGAGUUUCUGUAGUCCAGAUCCCCGGUAAAGAGAAGCGAGGGCAGGUUAUGCUAACCAUGGCUGGCAGGGCCGUGUGCCAGGUGGCCUUGGCUCUGUCUCUGAUGCUCAGCCUGGCACCAGGAGCAUGGGUCGGAUGCCCCGGGGCCUGUCGCUGUUCUUUUGCUAUGCUCCAAUGCUUAGAAGCGGACGGCAUCAAGAGCAUCCCGGUGCUGUCACAGCAGGAAAGCGAGAACGUCACGGAAAUCUACAUCGAGAACCAGCCGAACCUGGAGCAGGUCACGAAUAUGGAUUUCAUUAACUACAAAGAGCUGAAGAACCUCACAGUUACAGAAUGUGGCUUGCUGUUUAUCUCCUAUAAAGCCUUCCAACACAACGUCAAGCUGCAAUACGUGAACCUGGCCUCCAACUCGCUCAUGCACAUCAGCUGGAAGGUCUUCCACUCACUUCCUCUGCUGAACCUGGUUCUAAGGGACAACCCUCUGAUUUGCUCCUGUGGCCUGUACUGGCUGCAGCAAUGGCAAAUGAUGAAGCGAGGUGACAUCGACAGCCAGCAGAGCUGCUUGUCCAACGGCACCAACAUUCUGCUCGACAGCUAUGUGAUGGAGAACUGCAGUGUUCCAAAGGUGUCCAUCAAUGCCCCGGUGCUCACCAUUAAGGAGGGUGGAAACCUGACGUUUGAGUGCCAGGUCACCGGCGUUCCAGUGCCGAGCUUUAAAUGGAGGACGGAGCACCUUCAUUCUAAUUUUAUUCUGCAGAGAGGGAUCUGGGGAUCCACUUUGGAGUUGGUGCUUCACCUGUUAAAUGUGUCGUAUGUGGACAACCUGCACAAUCUCACUUGUGAGGCGGAGAACGAAGCAGGCCCCGAGGAGGCGAUGGUGCAGCUCAACAUCGAGUUCCCGGUGAGGAUCGUGUUCCUGAAGCCUCCAGAGCAGCAGCAUCACUGGUGCUUCCCUUUCGCCGUAGACGGCAAUCCGGCGCCAAGCAUCAGGUGGUUGUACAACAAAAUGCCGCUGCUGGAGACGCAGUACACCUACACUCAGCUCAUCCCAGACUCAGACGACGGCUCUGUCCAACACGGCUGCCUGUUCCUCAACAAACCCACUCACCUCAACAACGGCUACUACACGCUAAUCGUCGAGAACACGCUGGGCCGAGCCGAGGCCACGGCCAGGGGCCAGUUCAUGGACAACCCCUUCGACCCCUUCGACCCUGAAGGCAUCAUCCCUGUGCUCACCAGUGAACUAACAGCACCUACUAACCAGUCGAAGGAGGACGUGACGGAGAAGCCGGAGAGCCGCCUGCUCGGGGUAUCUGUCGCUGUGGGUCUCGCCGUAUUCGCUUGUACCUUCCUGCUCAUCAUGGUGCUGGUGAUCAAUAAGUGCGGGCAACACUCCAAGUUUGGCAUCCAUCGCUCGUCUGUUCUGGGGAAGGAAGACGACUUGGCCGUGUCUCUUCGUUUCAUGAACUUCGGAGUGAGUCCUCCUUCCUCAGACGAAGGCAUGCUGGACUCUGGACUCUCCAGCUUCGUGGAGAACCCACAAUACUUCUGCGGUAUCAUCAAAGACAAGGACAUGUGUGUGCAGCACAUCAAGAGGCAGGACAUCAUGCUGAAGUGGGAGCUCGGAGAAGGAGCUUUCGGGAAGGUGUAUUUAGCUGAGUGUGCUAACCUCUGCCCCGACACGGACAAGAUGCUUGUGGCCAUUAAGACCCUGAAAGACGCCAAUGAAUCGACUCGUCAGGACUUCCAGCGUGAGGCCGAGCUCCUGACGGUCCUCCAGCACGAGCACAUCGUCAGAUUCUAUGGAGUCUGCACUGAUGGAGAACCUCUCGCCAUGGUGUUCGAGUACAUGAGACACGGCGACCUCAACCGCUUCCUCAGGGCUCAUGGUCCAGAUGCUCGGAUUCUGGAUGAGGUAAAGAUGCCCCCAGUGGGUCAGCUGACCCUGCUGCAGAUGCUCCAGAUAGCAGCCCAGAUCGCCUCUGGGAUGGUGUACCUGGCCUCACUCCACUUUGUUCACAGAGACCUGGCCACCAGAAACUGUCUGGUCGGUGAAGGUCUUGUGGUGAAGAUCGGUGACUUCGGCAUGUCCAGAGACAUCUACAGUACGGAUUACUACAGGGUCGGUGGAAGAACCAUGUUACCUAUUCGUUGGAUGCCUCCUGAGAGCAUCAUGUACAGAAAGUUUACCACAGAGAGUGACAUCUGGAGCUUCGGGGUGGUUCUGUGGGAGAUCUUUACCUACGGGAAGCAGCCGUGGUAUCAACUAUCCAACAGCGAGGCGAUCGAGUGCAUCACGCAGGGCCGGGAGCUGGAACGGCCAAGGACGUGUCCUAAAGAAGUCCACCAGCUCAUGCAGGGGUGCUGGCAGAGAGAACCGCAGCAACGUCUCGUCAUCAAGGAGGUCUACAACCGUCUCGUGGCCUUGGUCAAGAACCCUCCGGUCUACCUGGACAUCCUGGAGUGAAGCGGAUCGGCGGAGGGACGGCUGGAGGUUCGGGUAAAACAGACACGUUCGUGGAAAGAAAAAAAAAAAGACACAAUGGGACUAAAGAAGAUCCGAGAGUCAAACGGAGAGUCCAUCAGGAGUUUUGAGGAGGACAAAGAUGAUCGUUUCGUAUCUCCAUAUUAACUCCUCAGAGUCAAGAUUAUCAGUAACCAAUCACGUAAUUUGUGGAAAAAAAUUGAAAUCCAUCUUUUGAUUCAAGUUAACAAGAGAACGUUGGUAUUUUAUGUGAAAGUCAGAGACAGGAACAUUCUCAGCCCUUUGUGAUCGUUGUGUCUUUUUUCCGCCUGAAAGUCACGACACGUGAUUGGAUCAGAGUGUUCACACGUCCCUGGGCUGCAGGUGUGAAUAAUAAUCAGUGUAUUAUAUACAACCAUGUAAUGAGUCGAAAACCGCAUGUAAACUAACUUCCUUAUUCCUACAGCAACACACACACAUACACACACACACAUGUAUACAAGUAUAGAGAUACACAAUCAGGCACACACAAACACACACACACACACGUACACGAGUACAGGCAGGUGGACAGGUACAUACAGAGGUACACACACACACACACACAGGUUAACAGGGACACACAAGUAUCCAAGUACAGAGAUACACAAACAUGUACAUACAGGUAAACAUUUACAGAAAGGUGGACAGGCACACACACACACACACACACCAACCACACACGCACAAACACACAGGUAUACACACACACACACACACACACACACACACACAGGUA